GGCAAGUUCAGUGUCUCGUCGAGAGUGGCCGCGACACUACUCGCGACCAUCGUGCGCGCUCAUCCCGAGGACUGUGCGACCGCCUGUGAUAUACGAACAGUGAAAAGUUCAUGAACUGCGUGUUGAAAUUUGUUUGAACUAUAAUAUCACGUGACGCUAACAUAUCAACUAUCCUUCCCAUAGCCCUAAUAAGGUGUACCAGAUCACUGACAUCGCUCAAACUCAAAGCGUCGACAAGCACGGCGGCGGUGGCGGACUGCGGGUAGCGGUUGCGAAGCUGCAAGAUAACGAAUGUUGCCACGGCCCCACACAAAGAGCACAAUGCGGUUGUUACUCAGUAUAGUGUUAGUGGCGUACGCAGCCGAAGCUGCAAAGAAAUUCGAAGGGACUUUAAGGUCAGCAGUUGACGCGCCACCUCAAGAUAAUCUUGCCAUAGAGUCCGGCUCACCGGAGCCGGCAGUAGUCGCUGCUCCAGAAAGUUAUCAGAAUCCAGGCGCUCCGCCUCCCGAAGACCCAGUUUCCGAAGAGCCAGCUGAAGAACCGUCUGCCGCCGCCGCCGUGCCCGAGACUGCCUCGGGAGGUGUUCCACCUUCAGCGCCUAGCGGGGCAUCAGCUCCAUCUGCUCCUGCCAAUUCCUUGGAGGAAUGUGAUCCCGAAAUGAUUGGAUUUGAGCUUGUCACAGGAUACGUGUUCUCGGCGCCGUCUCACAUCCUAGACGACAUCCCCGGCACACUUAUGUUGACCGACUGCCUUGAGCAGUGCCAGGCCAACGAUACCUGCCGCGCUGUCAACUACGAGACUGGUCUCUGCGUUCUCUUCGGUUCCGAUGCCGACCAAUUACCUGGUGCAUUAACGAAGUCACAAUUCCCGGUAUUCACGAUUUACGCACAAAAGUCGUGUCUUGGCGUGCGUCCUUGUGAAAGGGCUUGGUGCUUCGACCGUGUGCGAGGUUACCACCUCAAAGGGCGAGGCAAGAGGACACACACAGUCGGCUCAAGGCAGAUGUGCCUUGACCUCUGUCUCGGUGAAAACGAGUUUGUUUGCAGAUCGGCGAACUACAACAAUAAAACAGGGGAGUGCGUGCUCUCUAACAUGGACCGUAUUACACUGGCGGGAACCAACUCUUUCCAACCAAACGAAGACACCGACUAUUUGGAAAACAACUGUGUGGAGGAGCCUACAAAACUUUGUGAGUUCAAGAAGAUGGGUGGCCGUAUCUUAAAGACUGUGGACUCUGUAUACCAAGACGUCCAAACGGUUGAGGAAUGUCGUGAACUUUGCUUGAACUCGCCCUUCCGCUGCCACUCCUACGACCACGGCGACACUGGUGACCACGUCUGUCGUCUGUCUCACCACUCUCGUGCCACGCUUGCCGACAUUCAGGAUCCCUACUUGGAAGUUCCUGAAGCAGCCACCUACGAACUGUCUUCAUGUUACAACGUGUCCAUCGACUGCCGUGCCGGUGACAUGGUUGCCAAGAUUCAAACAUCCAAACUUUUCGACGGUAAAAUCUACGCCAAGGGCAGCCCUAACUCCUGCGUCGUCGAUGUUAAACAAAGUCUUGAAUUCGAACUGCACAUGGGAUACAACAAUCUGGAGUGCAAUGUCAAACAGAACGGACUCGGCAGAUACCUCAACGAUGUCGUUAUUCAACAUCAUGACACCAUUGUUACGUCCUCUGAUCUCGGCUUGGCUGUGACUUGCCAAUACGAUCUCACCAAUAAGACUGUUGCCAACGAGGUUGACCUGGGUAUCCACGGAGACAUCCAGACCGGUCUGUCGGAGGAGGUCAUUGUCGACUCUCCCAACGUAGCUAUGAGAAUUACCGACAGAAAUGGAGACGACACCAUUGCUUCUGCUGAAGUCGGAGAUCCUUUGGCCCUGCGCUUCGAAAUUAUGGACCCGAACUCACCAUUCGAAAUCUUCGUACGAGAACUUGUUGCCAUGGAUGGUGUCGAUUCCAGCGAAAUUACCCUCAUCGACAGCAAUGGUUGUCCCACCGAGCACUUCAUUAUGGGACCUUUGUUCAAAUCAGCGAACAGUGGAAAGAUGCUGUUGUCUCACUUCGAUGCCUUCAAGUUCCCAUCUUCGGAAGUUGUCCAGUUCCGUGCCUUGGUAACUCCUUGCAUGCCGACGUGUGAACCAGUGCAGUGCGACGGCGGCCCGAACGAACUCCGCUCCGUCAUGUCAUACGGACGUAGGAAGAGGCGUUCUACUCCCGCGGCACCCACAGACGAUAUGCUUCUUGUGCAGACCAUCCAGAUUACUGACAAAUUCGGUUUUGACAAACAACGCGCCAAGAAUGUCACUGAAGACUCUGUGUACGUCAGAGAGACCGACGUUACUUGCGUAAACGCAGCGGGAGCAAUGCUCGCGGCAGCUGCUUUCCUAGCAGCUCAACUAGUCGUACUAGCAGCUUGGACCUGCAGUUGGCAGCGAAGACGCGCUGCCGCUAAGGCUGCUGAGUUGCUUCCAGGACCCAAUGCUCCCUCCGCCCUCUGCAAAGUCUACGAUGCCAGUUUUUCUCGUGCACACCAGAGGCAUUUCUAAAUAAGAGAAGACGUGUCGACGUGAUCAGCGUCCGCAAUAGUAGUAUAUUUCGUUAGUUUAAAAACCCCCGUCGAGUUCUGGCUCGUGUGACGAUAUCCGCUGGGCGUGUUGUCGUCCACCGAGCUCAGAGCAGCGAUAGCGGUUAUUUAAUGGUUAGUGUCCGAACGCUUCCCCAGCACAGCACUGGACGCGGUGCUGCGGGGGCGCGCGACACAGAGGCGGGGACGACCACAAGAGCGUGCGCGAAUGUGGACGGAUGCGAGUGCGGCGCGCAGUGUGACCGUGUUGUGAGUUUAGUGCGUUGAAUGCGUCUUGUAUGUGAGGUCGCUCGCUUGUCCCCGUCUCCGGAGUCGUCGGCGGGACCGCGGCCGUGAGUCGUUAUCAAGAUCACGUCGCUCAUUCGUUCACUUUACGCUCGGACAUCCACUCGAGGAAGUCUGAAUACGUAUUGUACCAUAUUUUUUUUAAAAGUAGCAUAAGCCUGAUUUUAAUGAUAUGUAGUGAUAAGUAAAAAGUAACAUUUCAGUACCUUUUAAGUAGAUAACCGAACGUGCGACCUAAGUCAAGAGACGAUGGAUUGACGGCCGUCCCGACAUCGUAAUUUAUUUAAAUUAGUGUAGUUUCUUUUUUACGUAAUUUAUGAUUGAAUUUAAUACUAUUUAAUAAAAUUUUAAUAUAACUGAGAUACCUACCUAAACAAACGAAAGCUUACGACUUACAAAAUGUGCUAUUCCAUGUAAACUGAAAGUAUUUUAUUAUGAUAUCUACUAGUGCCUUAAUAAUGAGAUGUUAAUGUAUUAAAAUGUUGUUUAAACUUUGUACUUAAGCAGCAUUUAACUUGUUUCAUCCGUCCAAAUUGUCAUUACUUAAAAUAAAAAUUUCCAAAAUA